CCUCAUUCUUCUUUCAUUCCCACAACAAUUUAGCAUUGACAUUCAGCAAAACUACACACCUUCAAGAAGGCAUUUACAACCAUGUCAGAAGACAGGAACAACAACAACAACAACAACAAUAACAACAACAACGAUAAUAACAAUGACCGCAGUGGUAAACCCAUCUAUUCAGUCACGAUGGAUCCCAACGCUCUGAACCGAGAAUUUAAUCAAGCGACCCAAGCCCUGCACUCCUCUGUCAAUUCCCUCCUCAAUAUGAUGCACUCCUCUGUCUUUGGAGGACUCGAAAGUAUUUCCAAGGAGAUCUCUGCGUUCGAAAGGAACAGUAAAGAGUUUCUUGAGAACCAUCCUCUUCAAUCUUAUUAUCAACAUCAUCUUCAAAAUCUUCCUUUCUGGAAUCUUCGAUCUGAUGGCCCCAAGAAACGAUAUCGAAUCACCAUUGAGGAAUUACCUCCAUUGGAAGAAGGAGAAAACCAAGGCUCUUCAAAAAUCUUUUCGACUUCUUCUUCUUCUUCCGAUGUUGUAACUAGAGGAGGAAAAGGAUCAGGAUCAGAGAUAGAUGAAUUCACAAUCACUCAGGGUAAGGCUGGAACGCCAGACGAGGGCAAGACUGUGAUCACGACCUCGGUAGCGCCAGGACUGUUGGAUUGGUUGUUGUUCACGACCCAUGAAGAUUCGUUCUUUAGACGAUUGGGACAACAUGAAUAUGAACAUCCACAUCAUUCACACCAUCCAAAAGAGUAUUAUGAUCCUCUCACGGGCGCGACUAUUAGAGAGUUGAAAGAAUCCGAGAUGGAGGAUGAUGGUGAUGAUUAUCAGAGUCAACAACACAAGAGGACCGUACCCGCAUUGGUGGAGAAAGUGAAGCAGGUGGGCACAAGCUGGGAGAGGGAUGCUAGGCAUUGGUGGCAACGCAAACGUCAUGAGGGUGGAAACGAUCAGAGUGAAGACAAAGACAAUAAAUCUCAAGAGCAGCCAUUGGAUCAUCAACAUCAUCUCUUUACGGGCGUGAGUCAAAGUGAAAGGGAUCAAGAAGAGGAAAGAUAUUCGAGAAGAUGGCCUCGUGGACGUACCUGGGGACACACUGAGUCAUAUAGUCAGACAACAGUUACACGUCCCGAUGGUACGGUUGAACACCGAACUGUGAACAGCAUCAAUGGGGAGACAGAGACGAUUAUCAAGAUUCAACACCCGGAUGGCUCUGUGGAAGAGACGAUCACGCGAGAAAAUCGUGAUGACCAUUCUUAUAAUGGUAGCGGUGGUGGUUUUCGUGACCGGUGGUUAAACCGUCGUCAUCGUCGACACGAUCGAGAAGAGGAUAACGAGGAUCGUACGCGAGACUCCAUUGCUGCAAUGGUUACAGAAGCCUUUAAUGAUGAACAUCAACAAUAUCGAAAGUAA